CUCUCUCUCUUCCAUACCUUCAAAGUCCUUCCCAUUUCCUAUAUUUACAUCUCUUUGAAGUCAAAUUCCUCCCUUCUUUUCAUCACUACCAAAAGCAGAAAACAUGGUUGAUUCACUGGUCUCGCUUGCCAUAGAAAAAUUGGCCAAAGUUGUUGAAGAUGAGGUGGUUUCGUUGGUGGGUGUCACCAACGAGAUCAAAAGGCUUUCCAGUACGUUCACCUCGAUCCAAGCUGUGCUUAAAGAUGCUGAAACUCAGCGACUGAAGAACGAAGCAGUGAAGGACUGGUUGGAGAAGCUCAAAGACGUGGCCUAUGAUGUGGAUGACAUACUAGAUGAAUGGAUGACGGAAGCUCUCAAAUCACAAGCACCUGAUGAAGAUGGUGUGUCCUGUUUCAGUAAGAAGAAGGUAAGAAGCUUCCUGUCGCCUGUUAACUGCUUCAAUCAUGUUGUGUUACGCCACAAAAUUGGGAGUAGGAUAAAGGAGGUGAGGGGUAGAUUAGAUGAUAUUGAAAAAGAGAAGAACCGAUUUAAUUUUAUUACGAGGGGGGUGGAUAGUGAAGUUAGGGAGGGUGAGAUAGGUGACCGAGAGACAAGCUCCCUACCUGACCCGUUCAUUGUUGGGAGGGAAGGUGUUAAAAAAAAAGUCAUAGACUUGAUGCUGGGGGGGAGUAGUAGAGAGGUAAAUGAGGUGCCCUUCGUCAUUUCUAUCGUUGGAAUGGGGGGCUUGGGCAAGACCACCCUUGCUCAACUCAUUUACAACGAUAAAAUAGUCGAGGGGCAUUUCGACAUGAGGAUGUGGGUAUGUGUUUCUGAAGAUUUUGAUGUCAAACGUAUUACAAAAUCAAUCAUCGAAUGUGCAACUUGGAAGGUUUGUGAGUUAUCAGACUUGGACCCGUUGCAGCGUAGUCUCUGUGAUAUGUUGCAAGCAAAGCGAUUCUUGCUUGUGCUUGACGACGUUUGGAGACAUGAUAACAAGAAGUGGAACGAUCUGAGACGUCCCUUCCAAGCUGGUGCACCCGGGAGUCGAAUCAUUGUAACCACUCGUUCGGAAGAUGUUGCAUCGAGGAUGGGAAGUACUGAUCACAUGCAGAAACUGGAUGUUUUAUCUCAUGAAGAUUGCUGGUCAGUGUUCAGUCGCGAAGCGCUUGAGCAUCGGAGUGCAGAAGAGCGUUCGGAUUUGGAAGAGAUUGGAAGGAAAAUCGUAAACAAGUGUGGAGGGCUGCCUCUCGCAGCAAAGACGAUAGGGAGCGCCAUGCGCUCGAGAAAGACGAGAAGGCAGUGGGAGCUUGUGUUGGAAAGCGAGAUAUGGAACUCAGGUGAUAUAGUGGGAGGUAUUUUACCCGCUUUAUUACUGAGCUACCAUGAUUUACCUCCAACUCUGAAGCAGUGCUUUGUGUAUUGCUCUAUUUUCCCGAAAGAUAGUUGGAUAAUGAAGGAUAGGAUAGUCAAGCUAUGGGUGGCACAAGGUUUCAUCUGCUCGAGGGGAAGUCUAGACAUGGAGGAAACUGGUGGGCUGUAUUUCGAUGAUUUACUAAGACGCUCGUUGCUCCAAGAUGCAGAACUCGAUGAUGACAAUAACGUACUCAAGUGCAAGAUGCAUGAUUUAGUUCAUGAUCUUGCACAAUCUGUUGCAGGAAGUGAGUGUUCAGUGGUGGAGAUGAGAAAGCAAUCCUCAUUGAACCUAAAUAAUCUCCGCCAUUUGUUUUUAAUUGACAGUGAUGACGCAGGUGACAGAGAUUGGGCCACCUUGUAUAAGGCACAAAAGCUGCGGACGUUGCUACGUGACUCAAGAAUCUCCAGGGUGCCAAACAAUUUAUUUCAUCAUUUCAGGCACCUCAGGGCAUUGGACUUGAGUCACACUAGCAUUCAGAAAUUGCCUCCAACAGUUGGAAACUUGAAGCACUUGAGAUUUCUUGAUUUAUCAGUGACAAAGAUCGAGGAGUUGCCAGAGGAGGUCAGUAAUUGUAGAAAUUUACAGACCUUGAGACUCAAUAGUUGUCAUGGUCUAAGAAAACUGCCUAGAGGGAUGGGGAAAAUGAUUAGCUUGAGACAUUUAGAAAUAGAAUUCACUGGCAUAAAGUACUUACCGCAGGGCAUAGGGAAACUGAGUAGCCUUCGGACAUUAACAAAGUUCAUAGUGGGGGGUGACGAUGAAGGAUGUAAAUGGGGAGAACUGAAACACCUCAAUCAUCUUCAGGGAAGUCUUCUAAUUACUGGCUUGGAAAAUGUGAGGAGCAGAGAUGAAGCUAUGGAGGGAGAACUGAAUAAGAAGCAGUACCUUCAUACUCUAUCCUUCAAAUACGACGAUGAAGCAUCGGGUGAUGAUGAGCAGAAGAGAACAGAGGAGGUGCUUGAAAUCCUGCAGCCCCACAGAAACUUGAAAGAGUUGGAAAUAGAGAGCUACGGAGGUUCCAAGCUUCCCAAGUGGACAGAGGAUCCGGUUAUGCCAUCACUCCUGGAAUUACAAAUAGAUGAAUGUCCAAAGCUGAAGGAGUUGCCCAGCAAUCUUCCACCGCUCCUCCAGAAGCUGACUUUGUAUGGAAGUGAUGUUGGAAUGUCAUCCGGUGUGCCCUUACCCGUCCUCCCCAACCUUAACCAUUUGAAGAUUUCUUAUAAUCGAGAGCUGACAUCGUUCUCAUGUGGUUGGUUGGGACAACUCAAAGCCCUCCAAACUCUGGACAUCUAUGGCUGUCCGAAGUUGAGAUCUCUACCAGUGGAGUUGCAACACCUCACCAUGCUUCAACAAUUAGAGAUCUGGUGGUGUCCAGAGUUGAGAUCUCUACCAGAGGAGUUGCAACACCUCACCAUGCUUCAAAAACUGAAUAUAUGGGAAUGUCCAGUCUUAGCAGAACGCUGCCGAGAAGGAGGAGAAGAUCGCUACAAGAUUGCACACAUCCCCAAUAUCAGAUUGGGUCGCCGAUAAGAGGAGUUGGAGAGAGAAAUCAACGAUAGCUUUUCAUUUGCUUCUCUUUCCCCAAACUGUGUUGUUGCUGUGUGUGUAACUGCUCUAUUUUUUUAUUAUUUUUUUUAAGGAUUUAAUUUUAAUAUAUGUCAUUUAAUCUCAAUCUGUAAAGCCUAGUUUGCUGGAUUGUUGUCUUGCUCUGCCAGUAAACAAAAGCUGUUGAUCAAAUGUUUAUUGCUUUUCUUAGUUGUUUCUUGUUUUGGAGGUCAGGUUCUAUAUCCCCCUCUCCUUACGUAAUUUUUCUUUUUCUUUUUUAUUAUUAAUAAAGCUUAUAGUGCUACCGUCCACCUUCACACGCUCGCACACACACAAAAAUAAAUAAAUAACGAUGAUGUGACCAUGACUGCAUUGCUUCCUUUUCUCAAAGAUGAGUAAUAUAAGAUCAUGACAUGGGCCAUUUGUAUA